AUGUCCAACAUCGUCGGCAUCGAAUAUAAUCGUGUCACAAACACCACAUCCACUGAUUUUCCAGGAUUCCAAAAGGACCAGGACGCUAAAUGGGACGUGGAGAACUUCAAAAAUACAUUUGACGUAAAGAUCAACUCACUGGAUGAACGUGAAGCAAAUUUUGAUUUGAUGCACAUCGACACCUCGGUGACUAAUGCUUUUCGCCGAAUCAUGAUCUCAGAGGUGCCAUCGGUGGCUCCAGAAUACGUCUAUUUCUUCAACAAUACAUCUGUGAUACAAGACGAAGUGCUGGCCCAUAGAAUUGGACUUACACCUCUCAAAGUGGAUCCAGAUAUGCUCUCUUGGGUGGAUAACAGCUUGCCAGAAGCAGAGAAAUUUACGGACGAAAACACUAUAGUUCUCACAUUGAAUGUGAAAUGCACGAGAAACCCCGAUGCUCCAAAAAAUUGUACAGAUUCCAAGAUACUUUACCGUAAUGCACACAUUUACGCCCGGGACUUGAAAUUCGAACCUCAGGGCAAGCAGCUCAGUACUUUCGCCAAAAACCCCGUUGUGCCUGCUGAUCCAGACAUUCUACUCGCUAAGUUAAGACCCGGUCAGGAAAUUUCUCUACGUGCCCAUUGUAUUCUGGGCAUUGGUAGCGAUCAUGCCAAGUUUUCUCCUGUUUCGACUGCCUCGUACCGACUCAUGCCUUACAUCAACAUUACACAGCCGGUUUCCGGAGAAUCAGCAGAAAAGUUCGCCAAAUGUUUCUCUCCAGGUGUCAUCGGCAUUGACGACGCUGGGAAAGCAUUUGUCAAAGAUGCAAGAAAUGACACUGUGUCAAGAGAAGUUUUGAGACACGAAGAAUUCGAAGGAAAAGUUAAGCUAGGGAGGGUCAGAGAUCAUUUCAUUUUCAACGUCGAAAGUACCGGAGCUAUGACUCCAGAGGAAAUUUUCUUCAAGAGUGUUAGAAUCUUGAAGAAUAAAGCCGAAUAUCUCAAAAACUGCCCGAUUUCUCAGUAA